AUGCUGCUUUCAAGAAUAUCCAGGAGUAGGCUUACGAUGGCUUCUGGGCGACCUUUCUGUACAACGACGAGAUUAUUACAAGAUAAAAUUAUACGUGAUCCAUUAGCUAGCAAUAAAAUUGUCCAAAUUAGAGAACCAUUGUUCAAAAGGGUUUUCAGAAAAACUGUCAGGUAUUCAUUACUUAUAAUUCUAGCAGGUACAGGUUAUGUAUCGUAUUCUUUGUACAGGGAGAGGAACCCCAAGACACAGAUUCCACAGACGGAAACAUUUUUGAAUGGAUCACCAAAGAAGAAUUUAGUCAUACUUGGAACAGGUUGGGGUUCUGUCUCGCUACUGAAAAAUUUAGAUACAAGUGAGUAUAAUGUAACCGUUGUAUCUCCUAGAAACUAUUUCCUAUUCACACCAUUAUUGCCCUGUAUUCCCGUUGGAACAGUCAACAAUAAAUCUAUUGUAGAACCUAUUAGAGCAAUUAUGAGAAGGACCAAAGGAGUCGUUAAUUAUUUGGAAGCUGAAGCGACAGAUAUUGAUCCAGUGGAUAGAAAAAUUCAAAUCAAGGUUAUGAGCGGGAAUGAGAUUAGAGAUAUCUCCUACGAUUAUCUUGUUCUGGGAAUUGGUGCUCAAUCAACAACUUUUAAUAUUCCAGGUGUGUAUGAAAAUGCAUUUUUUAUGAAGGAAAUUAGUGAUGCUGAAAGGAUUAGAAGUAAAUUCGUUGAAAAUAUUGAAAAGGCCUCGCUAUUGGAAAGAGGAGAUCCAGAAAGAAGGAGGCUUCUAAGUUUUGUCGUUGUUGGUGGUGGUCCAACGGGCGUUGAAUUUGCCGCAGAAUUACGAGAUUACAUUGACCAAGACUUGAAGAAAUGGGUGCCUGAAAUAUCAAGUGAAGCUCAAGUUUCUUUGAUUGAAGCUUUACCCAACAUUUUAAAUAUGUUUGAUAAACGAUUGGUAGAUUACACAGAACAGACAGUAACUAAGGCAAAUAUUGAUUUGAGAUUGAAUCAUAUGGUCAAAGAAGUUAAUAAAGAUUCAAUAUCUGCAAAUGUGAAGGGGGAAAAAGUUGAAAUACCAUUCGGUUUACUUGUUUGGGCCACUGGGAAUGCUCCCAUGGAUUUAUCUGUUAAGCUGAUGAAUUCUUUAGCUGCACAGACAGAAAAGAGAGGCUUAUUAAUCAAUGAAAAGCUUCAAUUGUUAGGUGCAGAGGACUCGAUAUUUGCUCUUGGUGAUUGCACAUUUCAUAAGGGACUUUUCCCCACAGCUCAGGUCGCACAUCAGGAGGGGGAAUAUCUUGCCCGAAUGUUUAAAGAACUGUCAAAGAUCGAUCAGUUGAAAUGGGAAUUAAAUGAAGCUGUAGGAAAUCCCAAGGUGAUAAAGAAACUGAAUUUUAAGAUAACAAGGCUAAACGCACAAAUUAAAGACUUCCAUUAUCGUCACAUGGGUACACUGGCAUAUAUUGGUGCGGACAAAGCCGUGGUAGAUGUACAAUUGCGUAACAAAAGAUACAGUCUCCAAGGAAGUCCAUUUGCCUUUUGGUUCUGGAGGUCCGCUUAUCUGAGUAUGUGUAUAUCCAUCCGCACAAGAAUUCUUGUCACUCUGGACUGGAUCAAAAUUUUUUUCUUGGGCAGAGACUCAUCCGUCUAA